CUUAUACAAUAUAGUAAUUUAAAUAAAAUAUGAAUAAAGGGAGCAAAACUGUCCAAAAAGUGGAAAAGAUGGAAAAGGUGAACCAGAAGCCAGAAAUUGUAGAUAUUGAUGACAUUAACAAUCUCACCAAAGAAGACUCUAUUUCUUCCCCAAAAGACAACUCGAAAACACUUGGCAUGACAGUUAGUUUAUUAAAUAAAGCUGAUAAAAUCAUCGAGCCCAUCUGCAUCGAUGAUGAUGAUGACGACGAGGAAGAGAAAGAAGAGGACAGAUUCAAUUUCAGGAAGACAAACUCACUCAAGAAGAGAGAUAUCAAGCAAGUACAUAAGACCAAAUACGAAGCUGAAACCUAUGAUGGCAUUUACAAGAGCCAUGAGUCACUAAAUAAAACUAAAGAGAAAUUAGCUGAAAAGCAUCUAGAGGACUUCCUUGAGUCACAGAAUGCCAAGAAAUUUCAUAAUUCAACCAAUGAAACUAUUAAAGGUUGGGUUAGACAAACAGGAUGGGGUCCUACCAAGAUCAUUAAAUACUUAGAUAAAUUCGCUGAGGCCUUUUCGUUCCUUGCGAGUGGAGAGCCAAAGACCUUUUCCAGGGUCUUCAGAACUAUCCAUAGUAUGGCCAUAGAGAAAAAUAAAGAGAUCGAAGAGCUUAUUGUCUACCCAGACAAGGAAAAAGAAGGAGCCAUCCUGGAUUAUCUUGACAAAGCAAAGCAUAGUAUCAAGAUAUGUGUAAACCAAUUCACUAAUGAACAAAUUUUGAACAAACUCAAACAGAUGAAGUACAGAGGAGUGAGCGUUCAAAUAAUCUCUGAUAUUAAAUGAAGAGUCAAACUCGCUCCAUACUAUGCAGCAAUGGAAGGAAUGGAAUUUAGACACACCUCAAUAACUCCUGGAGCACAGCUACACCAUAAAUUUGCUGUAAUAGAUACAAAGUUCGUCAUCAACGCAAGCUUCAAUUGGACUACAAAUGCUGUUAAAAAGAACCACGAAAACAUCAUGAUCACAUCAAGCAAGAACUUUGUAAGAAAGUUCAACAGCGUUUUCGAUAAAAUGUGGAUAGAACUGCCAUACACCCUCACAAAGGAAGAGUCAAAAGAUUUCAUCAAGACAGAAGAGAGAUUCCAAAGACAUCGUGGAUAUCCAGAAAAUUAA